AUGGCUCCCAUUACUACUGCAGCACUGUCUUUGGACAGUGCUUGGGCCUUCACACCAAAGCCCUACGAUGUACCUCACUCGUCAUCUGGUGUGACCAUCCUGGAUCUAUUCUUUCAAGAGGCACAGAGCAGACCUAGGGCUCCAGCGGCAUGCUCUGCCCAAGACACGCUCUCGUAUAGUCAAUUGGACGACUACUCUACCAGACUGGCUUACCACUUGCUAAGUCUGGGGAUAGAACGCGAGAGUCUCAUCUCAUGUCGCCAACACAAGUCUGUCUGGGCUAUCGUCUCCUUCUUGGCCAUUCUUAAGGCAGGAGCAGCAUUUGUACCCGUAGAUCCUUCUUACCCGCAAAGUCGUGUUGAAGAAAUCAUCCAACAGACUGACGCACAGUUGAUCAUCGAAUCUGGCUGCGAAACGAUGCACACCCCCGCCACGACACUACGGCUGGGCAUUUCUGCUUCUCAACUGGCCUAUGUAUAUUUUACGAGUGGCUCCACUGGAAAACCCAAGGGUGUCAUGAUUGAGCAUCGAGCUUUGUCCACGAGUCUGUUGGCUCAUGGAAGACGAAUGGGCAUGUGUACCUCCUCAAGGGUACUUCAGGCUACCUCAUAUACUUUUGAUCCAUCGAUGACUGAGAUUUUUGCGACACUGAUUUUCGGCGGCUGCAUCUGCAUACCUAGCAACCACACAGAACUGGCUAAUUGGGCCUUUUUCACUCCUUCUGUCAUAUCCUUGAUCUCACCUGAUCAAGUACCGACCUUGAAAACCGUGUCGGUCGGUGGAGAGGCUCUAACGCAGGACUGCGUGGAUCAAUGGGCUGACAAGGUUCAACUAUUCAACAGUUACGGUCCUACCGAGGCUACCAUUUUCUGCUUGAUUGCUGAAGUCCAACCGGAUUCAUCACGAUCUAACAUUGGCUAUGCCACGGGCUGCCGACCUUGGGUCGUCGACCAAUCUGAUCACCACCAACUGGUUGGAGCCGGUGAGCUUGGUGAGCUUGUCAUUGAAGGCGACAUUCUUGCACGUGGCUAUCUCGGCGACAAGAAGAAAACUGCCGGAGCUUUCCUCGAAGAUGCUGCAUGGGCUUCACAGACUGGCUUGGCCCGCAGAUUCUACAAAACUGGUGAUCUGGCACGUUUCAACGAAGACGGGUCUAUAUCUUGCCUAGGUAGGAAGGACAGGCAAAUCAAGAUCCGUGGCCAAAGAGUUGAACUCGGUGAAAUCGAGUCACGAAUCAAAAGAUAUUGUGGUAAAUCAGCAAGUGCGGUCGUCGUGGAUCAAAUCGCCAGGAACGAACAACAAGAAGCCAAGAUACUGGCAGCAUUUCUGGUAUUAGAUCAUGGCGUCCUUCAGAAGUGCCACGGUACCUCGAAAUCCACCCAAGACAUUCUCUCCAGCUUCUGCAAAGACAUUCAAAGCUCUCUAUUCUCAAAACUACCCUCAUACAUGGUUCCAAACGCUUUCAUCCCCCUUGAGGAGCUUCCCAGGAACAGUUCUGGAAAAGUCGACAGAUCUGCCUUGCACGAGCUGGCGGAAGCAGAGCUGGAAAAGCGACUUUUAGAGAGCUCGACACCUCCCACAGCAUCCUCCAAUGUCACUUGCAUCACACCUAUGCAAAAGACUCUGCAGCUUCAAUGGUCGAAGCUUCUAUCUGUCCAUUCACAAGCUUUGGGAGUCGAGUCCAACUUUAUUCAGCUAGGAGGAAACUCUCUUCUCGCCAUAAAGUUGGUGGCGGGCCUCCGUAAAGAUGGAGUCUGCUUGACCACAAAAGAUGUUCUCCAAGCAUCCAGUCUUGCCGAGAUGGCAGAUGCAGCUACAUUUGUGGAAACCAAAGAUAUUGCCAGAUCAGCCCAACGCGUUUCGGAGCUAUCCUCUGUCGAGCUCAUAGAUUCGGCAGCCAAGCAGUGCAACGUCAACCAUGGAGCGAUCCAACAGCUUCAUUAUUGCACUUCUUUCCAAGAGAGUCUGGCAGCGGCGAUGGUAACGAGACCUGGCUCAUACAUGGCCCAGUAUGUUUCCGAGCUACCAGUCGAUGUUGACAUUGAACUCUUCAAAUCCAGCUGGAUCACUGUAUACAAGUCGUUCCCGAUACUGCGCACUCGCUUCACGCAACCGGGAAUCCGAGAGACACUUCAGGCGGUUGUUGAUGAGCACCUGGUAUGGCGAACAACCCGAAAUCUUCGUCAACUUCUGUUGGAAGACUCACAGGACCACAUGACAAUCGGCAAACCCCUUUCAAGGCUUGCCUUGGUGUACGAGAACGGCCGGCAAUUGUUUGUUUGGACUUUACAUCACGCCCUGUACGAUGCGUGGUCUUUGCAAAUAUGCUUGGAGAAUGUCGCAAAGCUCUACAAAGGCAUGGACUUGGGAAGAAAUACUGAGAUGUCUUUUGAAAAUUUUAUCGACUUUUCGCGGGUGGCCUCAGAAGAUGUCAGAUCCCAGGCAUUUUGGUCACAAGCACUGAAGGAUUGCUGCGCUCCUCAAUUCCCGAGACUGCCAACAGCUGGUUAUAAACCGACUCAUUCCGAUAAACUGGAUGUUGAGCUGGUAAUCCCUGCCCGUCCAGCUAUCGGCAUUACAAUACCGACAUUGAUCAGAGCAGCGUGGGCUUUGGCUGUCAGUCAGUACACCGGAUCUGAAGAUGUGGUCUUCGGUGCAGUCAUGAGUGGCAGAAACGCUUCAGUCCCUUAUGUGGACGAAAUGGUGGGACCUACCUUGGCCACCGUUCCAGUCCGCAUACCUGUCAAUCUGUCUUCAACCAUUGCUUCGUUCUUGCAGCAUGUUCAAAAAGGAGCCUCUGGUUCUACACCUCAUGAGCACUUUGGACUCAAUAACAUCAGCCAGACGUGUGAAGGCGCAAAGACUGCUUGUCAGUUUCAGACAAUGCUCGUCAUUCAACUGAAGCCUGAAGCCGAAGCGCGAGAACAAGAUUCUCUGUUCGGAGACCUUGUCGAGGUUGAGAACAGAGAUUCUCAUUGCCUAGCUCUAGAAUGUGUUUGGGCAGGUGACAACCUAAUCAUGGAAGCAAGAUUCGAUGAAAACACAAUUUCAGCGACAAAAAUGGAACGCAUACUUCACCUGUGGAAACACUUGGUGCUUCAAUUGGCAGUCGCGAGUGACGCCCAUCUAUUAAGCACCAUCGACACGGUCAGUAGCAAGGACAAGAGCAGCCUAAACCUCUGGAACAGCUCAGAGCCAACGCCUGUACCUGGCCUCGCUCACGAUCGCGUCGCGUUCUGGUCCAGCCAACAGCCCAAUAACCCUGCCGUUUGCUCUUGGGAUGGAGCUCUUACCUACGCUGAGCUUGAUGAGCUUUCAAGCCGACUGGCUAAGUUUCUCGUGGAGCUCAACCCUGGUACUGUCAUUUGCCUGCAUCUGAUCAAAGGACUGCCACUCAUCAUUUCCAUUGUCGCAAUUAUGAAGUCAGGGCGUGCAUUUCUUCCGCUCGAUAUUGAUGCACCUCCAGAACGCAUCCAAAGCAUACUCAGUCAAUUGAAACGACCCCUAGUCUUGGCAUCAAACAUGGAAAUGUUUCAUACCACGGCAAAGGCGAGUGCAGUUACCAUGAGCCUCCCUCUCAUCAGAGCUCUACCCUCAGUUGAGGCGUCAUGGAAGUUUCCUAAGGUGGGACCUCGAGACCUGGCCUAUCUGAUCAUGACCUCGGGCUCUACAGGUAAACCGAAGGGCGUCAUGAUCGAGCAUUGCUCUUUGAUAACCAGCGUUGAAUAUCACGGCAGAUUCUAUGGUCUCCAUACAGGAUCUAGAGUACUUCAGUUUGCAUCCAUUGCUUUUGAUGCCGCUGUCGGAGAUGUGGUGGCAUCAUUUGUCCACGGUGGUUGUCUCGUGGUUCCGAACCAAGCUACUCGCAUGGAGCGCCUGAUGGAGUUUAUCAAUGAGAAAAAGGUAACCUGGUCGUUCUUCACACCUUCCACUCUUCGACUAUUUCAGCCCUCUGAUGUGCCUACCUUGCAAACGAUUGUGGUAGGAGGAGAAGCUAUUGCACCAGAGAUGGCAAAGCUUUGGGCGGGCUCCCUUCAUUUGAUUAACGGGUAUGGGCCUAGCGAGACCACCAUUGCUUGUACUGCCGCAUCCGUUGCUCGAGAUGGGUCCAACCAAGGCUCUAUCGGACGCGGUCUUGGUUGUCUCACGUGGAUUGUGGACCCCAACGAUCACGACCGGUUGGUGCCGAUUGGUGCAGUUGGAGAACUGGUCAUCCAGGGCGAGAUCGUCGGUAGGGGAUAUCUGAACGAGCCCGAGAAAACUUCCGCGGUUUUCAUCUCCAAUCCGAAAUGGGCACAAACCUCAACCCAAGGGUGCGGUCGCAUGUAUAAGACUGGAGAUCUUGUCAAGUACGAUGAUGUAGGCUGCCUCAUCUACAUCGGCCGGAAAGACAACCAGGUGAAACUCCGCGGCCAGCGAUUGGAGCUGGGCGAAGUUGAACAUCAUCUGGAGACAUCGGCAAGUGGACGGCACGGUCUCUGCUUUGUGCUAAAACAGGGACCACUGGCAAACCGUUUGGUGGCUGUGGUCGGCCCAGACUCAUUAGUACCUUCGGCGAGUUUCCAUCCUGAAGUUGAGGAUAGUGAGACUAUCUGCGACCUCGCCAGAAAUACCAAGGAAAGUCUAGCAAGAGCAUUGCCUCGUUACAUGGUUCCGGACUGCCUCACUCUCCUGAAACACAUGCCAGUUACCACCUCCGGCAAACUUGACCGCAAGGUCAUCGCAGCCUGGAUUGCGGGCUUGAGUGAAGAUGGAGCAGCACUCUUCUCCACCGGUGACAAAAUCAAUGAUGCUCCAAAGCCAGCAAUAACGCGAAUGGAGGUUCUGUUGCAGGAAGUGUGGGCUAGUGUGCUCGGUCUCUCACCUACAAAGGUGGGGAUCAACCGCUCCUUCCACUCCCUCGGCGGAGACUCUAUUACAGCAAUGCAAGCACUGGCUCGCAGUCGCAACUUGGGUUUCGAAUUCACGGUGAAGGACGUUUUGCAAGGUCAUACUAUUGAGGCGCUUGCACUCAGCGCCCGACAGAUUGAAAUCUCAAGCGAGACCUUGAAGGAAGAGACCACAGAGCGCGCAUUCGCUCUUUCUCCAAUUCAACAGCUUUAUGCUACGCUUGCCCCGCCGCAGCACAAACAUCAUUUCAACCAGAGUAUCCAAGUGAAAUUGGCAAGAAUAAUCAGCAUUAGUCAACUACGACAAUCUCUGGAAGCAGUUGUUACUCGCCACUCCAUGCUUCGCGCCAAGUUCGACUUAUCAAGUCCUAAACUUGCAACUCAAAGGAUUAGCCGGAGCACCGAGAAUGCGUUCCAGGCCUUGGAGUCCACUUUGAGUCAUCCUGGAGAUUUGCUUGACCUAGUCCAGACAAGUCAGAGAAGCCUUGACAUUGCUAAAGGUCCAAUCAUGCGAGCAGAUCUUGUUUCAGGUCUCGACGGCACUCAGACUCUGUUCAUGGUUGCCCAUCACCUAGUUGUCGACAUUGUGUCAUGGCGUCUGAUUCUUGAAGACUUGGAGGCGGCGCUAAGCGGUGGGGCUCUAUCUUCGCUCCCGCCACUGCCCUUUCAGACUUGGUGCGAGGACAAAGUUUCACACGCAGUGUCCGAUCGCCACUUUCCGCCUACAAAUUACGCCUACUGGGACAUUGACCGUGACAAUCUCACUUAUGAAGACUCUAGCAGAGCCGGGUUUGUACUUGAUCGUGACUUGACCAGUCUCUGCCUGGGGUCAAGUCACGAUAGCAUGAGAACUAAACCAGCAGAUCUUUUCAUCGCUGCAUUGGCAUUGUCAUUCAAGAGAACAUUCACGGAUCGUCAAACUCCUGCAGUGUGUGUCGAAGGCCACGGUAGAGAAGCUCGUGCAGCUGGUCUGAACCCUUCGAGCACGGUCGGAUGGUUCACCAACAUUGUCCCUGUUCAGGUCGACGUUCUUGCAGACCAUGAUCCAGUCGAUUUUGUGCGCAGAAUCAAGGACUCGAAGAUCAGCGCAGAGAAGGACUGCAUCGACUUCCUCGCAGCACAACUUUCGUCCAAAGAUGUGGCGAUUGAUGUACCGGAGCUCACCUUCAACUUCACCGGCGUCCAGCAGCAAUCAAACAAUGACAAAUCUCUCCUGUCAAUCGUAACAAACGGCUUCGGCGACCAGUAUGACAUGAGCACAAACAUGCCGCGCUUUGCUAUUUUUGACGUUGCUUCAUAUGUUAAAGACGGCCAACUGGAGUUUGAGUGGCUCUUCCCGAGGUCCAUGAGAAACUCGGACAUGGUGAGCACGUGGAUUUCAAACUGCAAGCACGACCUGCAGUUCUUAGCAACUGCCAUGAGCAAGAGUCCUAUUCGUCAGACCAUCUCCGACUUUCCUCUUAUGAGUGUGGACUACGAUGAUCUGGCGCGAAUGGAGAUUGUGCUCAGGUCCAAGGGAAUCAGCUUCACAGGAGAGAGCUCCGCGAAAGUAGUGAGCGUCUUUCCAGCAAGCCCGACUCAGAACGCAAUUCUUCUUGGGCAGCAACAUCAUGACUGCUAUUGGAGACCCAGACUCGUCUUCGAAACUCAAGUGAAUGGACCUGGAGAUCUGGUCGUGGAAAAACUGGCCACAGCAUGGCAAACAGUAGUGUCUGCUAAUCCGAUCUUGCGAACAAUUACGAUCGCUGACAUGAAAAACUCCAAUUCUUUCCUCAAUGUGGUCUUGGAUCGGUAUGAGAGAGCUGUAGAAGUUGGAUCGAGCGCCUGGGCAGAGAAUCCCCUGGACCUUCCACGCACUACAUGGCAAGAGGGGGAGCCACAGCACAGACUGACCAUCUUCCAACGCACAGCAACGUCAGCUACUUGCUGCCUCGAGAUCAGUCAUGCGCUGAUAGACCACGGCUCGAUGCCAAUGAUCUUUGACGCCUUCUCGCAGAACUACGGUGGGUCUGCCACGAAGAAACUGGUGGGUCCUUUUGCCGACUUUGUUGAGGGACUGCAGCACCUUCCUUUUGCGGAGAGUGUACAAUAUUGGAACACCUAUCUGGCCGAUGUGCAACCAUGUCGACUGUCAACUGACAAUAGUCGUGAAGUCGCUAAGAAGGAGAUCUUCUCAGCCCCUGUUGACAUGGUCGAGUUCUCUGAAGAGCUUCUUCACAUUACGCAAAAGUCUGGUGUCACUCUGGCCACCAUAUUCCGGGCUGCAUGGGCGUUUGUGCUUAGCGAGGCCACGGGCAAGGACGACGUUCUAUUUGGAUACAUAUUGGCGGGCCGGGACGCACCCAUUGACAAUAUCGAGCAAAUUGUUGGGCCUGUUCUAAACAUUGCUGCCUGCCGGCUCUCUCCUGCCGCCCACGGCACGGCGAAGCUGCUGGAGGCAGUGCAAGACGACCUGCUGCAGAGUCUACCACACCAGCACCAUCUAAUGACAGCACUGAGCAACAAAUCUUCAGAGAGCAUGUCUAGCUCGUCUGCUUGGUUUGACUCUGUCGUCAAUUUUCGCAGGCAUUCAAAGGAGGCGGCGAGCUCAUCCCCUUUAUCGUUUGCAGAACGUCCCAGUGACGACCCCUUUGAGUAUCCCAUAGUUCUCGAGGUUGAUCACUACGAACGCAGCGGGGUAAUUGCAAGCCUUACUUGCUGGACCGACAAGGUUAGCGACGAGGCUGCAGGUCAGCUCAGCAAAAGUCUUUCUACAGCGACGAGGCGUAUCCUGGAAGGUAUCAUCAGUGGAUAAUGUUGAGAGCAAUUCUUCAGCGAAUACAUUUUCGUGUAACUAUAAGCGUG